GAGUAUUGGAUCUGUCCUCCAAUAAUUUUUCUGGAGAGUUACCAAUGGAAAUCGUUGCCAAUUGCACCUUAUUGAUGGCUUUGAGGUUAUCAAAUAAUCAUUUUCAAGGUGAAAUUUUCUCAAAGCACUUCAACCUAUCCUCACUAGAGGUUUUGGAAUUGAGCAAUAAUCAUUUCGUAGGUUCUUUUCCAGUGGUACCCUCAAAGUACUUGAUGUACAUAGAUGUUAGCAACAAUCACAUGUAUGGUACAAUUCCUGAAUGGAUAGGAGGAAAUCAAAGUUUAGAUAUAAUAUCAUCAACUCUUAACUUGAGUAACAACUUUUUUGAAGGUCAAAUUCCAUGUGGAGUAAGUGCAUUUGAUAUAAUAGACCUUUCUCGGAACUUGCUCUCUGGAUUGUUACCAUCUUGCUUGAAUUUACAAAAGGUUCAACACCUACUUUUGCAUGGGAACAAACUCACAGGGUCAUUACCAAAAGCCAUUCUCAAUUCAUCAUAUCUUCUGACAUUGGACAUUAGGGACAAUAACAUUUUCGGCAACAUCCCUGAUGAAAUUGAUGGAUUUCCAAACUUAAAAGGCCUUUUGUUGAGGGGCAAUAAUUUUAGUGGUUUGAUUCCGAAGAAGCUAUGUAGGUUAAAGAUGUUAAGCAUUAUUGAUCUUUCUAAGAACUCUUUUUCCGGGACAAUACCAUACUGUUUUAUGAACAUAGCCUUUGGGAAACCAGUAGAGGGUGUUUUUGACUAUGGCAGUAGUAGUUAUGUAGCUUUCCCAACUGGUAUUUUCCCAUAUAAAUCUCUUUUAGAUGUGGGUUUUGAAAUUGAAGGGUCAUAUACUUACUUCAACACUAUAGUUAAGAUUGAGAUUGUGACGAAAUACAGGUCUGACCUGUACAUGGGUCGUGUCCUUGAUAGGAUAUCAGUGUUAGACUUGUCAUCAAACAGGCUAACAGGUGAAAUCCCUCCAGAGUUAGGACAAUUAUCUUCAAUUCAUGCAUUGAACUUGUCUUACAAUCAGUUGACAGGUUCUAUUCCAAGAACUUUCUCAAAUAUGACUCAAAUAGAAAGUUUAGACCUUUCUCACAACAAUCUCAGUGGGAAAAUUCCUUCAACAUUGGUGUCUUUGAAUUUUCUCGAAAUUUUCAAUGUGGCUUACAACAACUUAUCCGGUGAACUUCUAGACAUGAAAGCACAAUUUGGAACAUUUGGAAAGAGUAGCUACGAAGGAAAUCCAUUUCUUUGUGGUCCACCACUGGAGAAAAGUUGUGUUAAGAUAGAUGAGUCCCCUCCAUUGCCACAAGAAACUUUAGAGGCAAGUGACGAAGAAAAAUGGUCUUUUAACAAGAGGGUUGCUCAGGGCACUCUUAAACGUGCAUGGGGCUUCGAGAAUCAGGUACUAGUGGUAGAAGUCAGGGCAAAUCUGUUUCAAUUCAAGUUUAACUCAGAAUUUGACAUGGCUAGGGUGUUAAGAGGUGGACCAUGGACCUUUGACAAUCAAGUUUUAUUUAAUAUUCCAGAAGUUUCGUUACCAAAUCCUGAGUAUCAAGGAGAGAAGUCUACAGAGAUGGAAGGGAUGGAUGGGAUUACAUUAGGUGCUGAAAAUUUUAGUCCAAGUUGGGACAGGCUAGGGGUCUUUCCUGGGCCUAUGAAUAAGAAUGGAGCAUUUGGGCCUCAGGGAUUAGACAAGCAAAGCAAAUGGACUAGGUUCACACGCAUGGAUUUUGGACCCAUGGAUUUAUUAAAAGAGGGAGCAAAGUCUAUUUUGGGCAAGAGAGGCAGCCAAGGAAUGCAACAAGAUGUAUUUGACAAGGGUGAUGAGCUGGCAGAGAAGAGAGUUAAGUCUGGGGAUGGUUCUCAAUUAUUUGAAACGGCGGGGGUGUCAAAACACCCUUGUCAAGUACAAUGA